AUAAAAGUUUUAUCUGUGUAACUAUUGUCUCACUCUAUCGUUUUGUGAAAUUUAGAUUAAAUCAAAUUUAUAAUGAAUCUCACCACUCCGCUUAGCGCCUCCUUGUGGUGGAGUUUGCACAUUUCUCCCGGAACCUAACAAUUCCUCAGUGGUUCUUGUUUCUAGUAAUGCAGAUUUUAGUGUAACACCACACAAGUGUCACCAAACAAGGAUGGUUCUCAGGGCACCAAGGCCACGUUUCCUGAGGAGUAUCUGCUGCUUUGGGUCCUGGGCAAGGCAGCUGCAGCGGCAGAGCAGUGGCUCUGUUUAUUCCAGCAUCCACGGCUUCAGCCAGGAGGAGAUCAAAGAGAAGCUGCAGGCCUUUCCUGGGGGCUCCAUUGAUCUCCUGAAACAGGACUCUGGCAUAGCUGUGCUGACCAUCAACAAUCCUCCUCGCAUGAACGCCUUCUCCGGUGCCAUGAUGGUGGAUCUGGAGGAGAAGGUAACCCAGCUGGAGAACUGGACAGACGGGAAAGGUGUCAUUGUUCAGGGUGCUGCUCAGACGUUCUGCUCUGGAUCUGACUUAAAUGCUGUCAGAGCGAUGUCUAACUCACAGGAUGGGAUGAAAAUGUGUAUGUUCAUGCAGAAUACUCUCACAAGGCUGCUCAGGUUGCCUCUCAUCUCUGUUGCCCUGGUGGAAGGUAACGCUCUUGGAGGAGGAGCAGAGCUUACAACCGCCUGCGAUUUUAGGUUAAUGGCCUCAGGAAGUGUGAUCCAGUUCGUGCACAAACACAUGGGUUUGGUCCCAGGCUGGGGUGGAGCUGCCCGACUUGUCACCCUGGUUGGAAGCCGAAACGCAUUGAAGCUACUCGGAGGCGCUGUAAAGGUGGACUCUGACCUCGGCGUGCACAUCGGCCUAGCCGAUGGAGUUCUAAAGGUCGACCUGGACGCUGCACGCGCUGAGACUGGCCUGCAGCAGGCGGAGAGCUGGCUCAGCCAAUACACCAAAGGACCUGCCCCAGUAAUCAAGGCUGUGAAGAAAGUCGUCUUGUCUGGGAGAGAGCUCUCGCUCUCAGAUGCUCUGAGGACAGAGAAGGAUAUAUUUGGGACUGUCUGGGGAGGCCCAGCUAACUUGCAGGCACUGGCCAGCAAGUCCAAACACAAGUAACCCUAUCUUAGUGCCUUUAGUCAACAUUCUUAUAAGCCCCAUCCUGUCCAGAAGUGUAGGGAAAUGUUUGAUUUAAUUUGAGUUGAUAGAAUUUUGGACUUUCAACACAGGACAUUCCUGUGAUGAAACAAUAUAAUAAACAUGUCUAAAGACUAGGCUUCUGUAAAGAGUAACAUCACUAAGCAGAGGAACUUCUGCUCUGAAACAAACAAGCAGUCUUCUUUGUUUGUCCUCUGACUGCACCAUUGUGACACUGAUUAGAUCAGUCCAGCUGAACUGAAGGAGCAGGAAGCACUCUGUCUUCAGGAGAAUAAUGCUGCUGCAGGCCUUUGUUAUCUGGAUUUGUGGAUCAUCAGCUGAUCCGUCAUAUACCUUAGCAGCCAUGCAGUUCCAGCCUCUGUGACCUUCCCCUUGCUCUCAUUGCAUUUCUCUGCUGGAUUAAUUUUCAUUAACCAGGGUUUCAGAUUUAAAAAAAGAGCUGAAAUGGCAUCAAUAUGAGGCUCAGCUUGUAGUAUAAAUGAAUCUGCACAGCAGAAAAAACAGAUGCUUUAAGGGACAUGAAAUGGCUCAGGGAUGCAGACAGACCCUUAUCUAUUGUUUUCCCUUCCAGAGGGUCUGCUCCCAGACUGAACCUGCACCUGGAGUGGGACUGCUAGAGUCCAAAACCUCCAAGACGUGUUCAAAAAUGAGUCAAAACUACCAACAAAAGAGAAAGAAAAAAAAAAUCUAAAUGACAAAAAUGUUCUCCAACUACGAAACAGAAGAAAUGUGAACAAAAAAUCAUUGUAAAUAACAUUUUAGAACAAUGAAAUGUUUAGAUUUCUUCUUGAAAAUGUAAGAAAAAGAGGAAGCUGAACCGUUACACAAACUUUAUUCUUCAGAAUGGAAAAUCUAAAACUGAGCAGAUGAUUUCAAAUUACAAAAAUAACCACUUGAUUUUUUUUUUGCAAAAUGGCCGAGACCAAUGGCAUAUCACUGUUGGUCACCUCCUUCAGACAUCAGCCAUGACAGGACGUAAAACCAAUUUGCAAAUGAAAUACAAAUAUUUAGUCAAACUAAACCCGAAGGACAUGAAAGCCGAAAGUCCUGCCAGCUAGCAGUUGUUAAAUAACUCUCUCUUCAAACACGCACAAAUCACAAAACUCCAAAAGCUCUUCCAAAGAUUCACCGAAGCUACAGGCGAUUCAGCGUUGAAAGGAAAAAACAAGAAUGAAUCACAUUAAAAGGCAAAUUUUAAAGGUUGGAUUUUAAAGGUUGGAUUAGUAGUACCAGUGUGAACAAUUAAACAUGAUUCUCAACCUUUUCUAAAUGUUUACUUAAAUUCCAAUUAAAGAGGGUCCACACA